GUGCACGGUCAACGGAGUAUAAACGUUCGCUUUCAUGAGAAGAGUCAGCACAUGUUAGCAGACAGGCGCUUCAACACACAGGCUUCGUACGCUCGAGGAAGAACGAAUCGCAACGAACAGCAGAGGUUUGGAAGACGGUGGUGAAGGCAAAAGUGGAUCAGCUGCAGUAUGUCUAAAACCGAAAAAGUUUACAGAUAUGGAGAGCGUGGUUCCGGUAUCAAGACAAAGAAUGGGAUGCCUCAAUAUUACGAGAAGAUCAUACGGAAGUGCUUGGACGAAAACAAGCUCUUCGAGGACCCUGAGUUUCCCUGCCAAGAUUCCAGCAUCCGCAUGAAGGAUCAAAAAGGAGAGAUUGUUUGGAAGAGGCCCCAUGACAUUGUGAAGAAGCCGAGGUUCUUCGUGGAGGGCGUCAGCAGGGAUGAUGUUCGCCAAGUGGGUAUUGGUAACUGCUGGUUCGUGGCCGCGCUGGCCUCACUGACUCAGCGCAAGGUGCUUUUCGACCGUGUUGUGCCCCGGGGCCAGAGCUUCAAGGAGGGCUUGUACGCCGGCGUGUUUCACUUUGUUUUCUGGAACAACAACCGUUGGGUGGACGUUGUCAUUGACGAUAGGCUUCCGAUGUUGAAAGAAGGAGGAGGCUACCUGGGUAUCAAGUCCGGCGACGAAAAUGAGUUCUGGAGUGCCCUGGUGGAGAAGGCGUACGCCAAGUUAAACCGAUCGUAUGGAGUUCUGGAAGGAGGCACAGGCACGGAUGCGCUGACAGAUUUCACCGGUGGAAUCCCUGAGCAGAUCCUUGGGGUCCCGCUGCCUAAGGACACUUGGCGCAUCAUGAAGAGGGCCCUCGAAAGAAAGUCCAUAAUGACAGCCUCCUUCGUGACGCUAUCAGGAGGAGACGACGAUGAUGCGGUCAGAGAAAUUAAACGGAACGACGGUCUUUUCGCAGGACACGAGUACAGCGUCACCGGCAUAGCACAGUUCAGCUUAGAAGACACAGAAAAUUUAGUGAGGCUGAUUCGUCUCCGCAACCCAUGGGGACGAAGUGAAUAUAAUGGGCCUUGGAGCGACGUUUCGAAGGAGUGGAAGAAAGUCUCACAGGCCAAGCUUGAGGAAUUGGGCGUUAUUGUCCGAGACGACGGAGAGUUCUGGAUUGAAGAGGAAUAUUUCCGGAAUCGCUUCAUAAUGGUGGACAUGUGUCACUUGGAGCCCGGCAGUGUUGAGGAAGACCCUGACACAAAGCGUUGGGAAACAGCAACCUUCGAAGGAAGCUGGGUGACAGGAGUCAGCGCAGGAGGAUCUGACAGCGGAAACGACAAAUACGGCACCAACCCGCAGUACCUGGUAACUCUUCGAGAGCCUGACAGCGAAGACCAGGAUGGGGAAUGUUCUAUGCUGCUGUCCCUCAGACAAAAGACCGAACGGGAAAAGGGCUGGAGAAGCAUCGGAUUUGCUAUUUAUGAGGUAGAAGACCCAGAAUCAUGUGAGAAACCUCUACCCAUUCAGUACCUGCGUGACCAUACCUUCGUCGAGGUGGUUGAACCUCUGCCACAUCGAGACUUGACCAAGCGGCUACGCGUUUUGCCGGCAACAUACUGCAUUGUGGUGUACACGGAAGAAGCUGACACUGACUGCGGCUUCGUGUUACGUGUAUUCACUGAACAAAAGAGCGAGUGCAGAGAAUGUGAUGGCAGUAAUGUGUGCGUUCCUAAGCCACUGGAAACCAACGAAGGAGGCGACACAAAGGAGGAAGAAAUCCCGCAGUACUUCAAUAAGAUCUACAAAGAAGUUACAGGCCAUAAGGAAGCAGCGAGUCCGGGCGAUCUUCACGUGAUUCUGAGAAAAGUUUUCCAAGAAGAGAACCUGCAGGUCGACUUUCCCCUGGAUGUGUGUAGGACGAUGGUGGCUCUCUUGGACAAAAACUUGACAGGAGAACUGGACGAGAAUGAAAUUGUGGCGCUCUAUGCAUACCUCAAGAAAUGUCAGCGAGCAUACCAGAAGUACGACCAAAGCUGCACUGGUUUCUUGACCACCUACCAGCUGAGGAACGCUUUGCGCCUAGCAGGUUGUUAUGUUAACUUACAUGUGUUGAAGGCCCUGGUGAUGCGGUACGGUCGGCAGAACAAGAUCGGCUUUGUGGAUUACAUGGCCUGCGCCGUGAAGGUCGCUUGCAUGGAAGAAAUUUAUUCCGAGCACGCGAAUGAAGACCGCAACGUGGUGCUUUCACUGAACGAGUGGAUGGAAGCUACCAUGUACUGCUAAAUGAGUGUUGCCAAGAGGACACGUCACUUUUGAAGCUCGAACAUGGAGCGUUAAGUCCUUUGUAACGUUCCUAAUCUAUAUUGAUAAUGACAAAUAAUAAUUCGUGUCCGUGCUUCUCUGAGAAAGUUAAAAAUAAUAAUAAUCUGUACUUUUGCAUAAAAUCGACAACAGUCCCCAAUGCUAUAGGAUCAAAGGAGUAACAACAGACGACACAGAAGACACACACUGAUAUUUGUCCUGUCUGUUGUCUAGUGAACUAGAAAUGAAAUUACACCGACUUCACCAUAACAAGCUAAAAAAUUACUUAAACAGACGUUCAAUGUCCCAUCCAGGAGACAUCAUCAGUGCGAGCACACACACGAGGGAAUGACAACCAAAUCGCUAUUUGAGGAGGUCGCUAUGCACUCUACAGAACUUCAUCGCAUAGCACGUUGUGCGCCAACCAUUGCCAAGAAUGAUAGGGUUAUCACUUCGGAUUCGAGGAGAGAUGGAGGCGUACGCCCUUUUGUAGCAAUUUUCAUCUGUCCAAAUUGCAACAAAAAGGCGUAUGCCCACCUCUCACUUCGAAUCGGACCCGAUAACCAUAUCACUCGUGGCAAUGGUUGGCGCACAGAUUGCUAUGCGGUAAGGUAUUGUUUUUAGAGUGUACGUCUCUGAGAGAGGGCCACGGUUCACAUUGCACGCAAGUGGGUCACGUCGAAUACGUAUACCACACUCUUAAAAAUGAACCUCACCGCAGAGCACGCUCCUAGCCAACCAUCAUUUGG